AUGCCCGUUUGGCAAGUCUUGCACCCCAACACUGUUCUCACAGACGCCACCAAAAAGGCAUCCCUGGACAAAGACAUCACGGCUCUAUAUACCAAUGGUGGACUGCCAGCCUUCUAUGUGAGUGUCUACUUCCACAGCCUUUCAGGAAGCGACAUCUAG